UACCCCUCCCGGCAAGUAAGCAGUAAAAAAAUGCCACAUGACCUAUGUAGAAGGAAGUAACAACGCCAGAAAACAUUAAACCCGUUUACAGCGCAUAUACAGCAGCAAUUCAGCUCUCUCUGCCGAUACCCUGCAUCAUUUGGGUGGAAUAAGUUGAGGAAAGUGAAAUUAAACAACAUGUACAUAAAAGUUGUAUAUGUUAUUGUUGGCCUUGUCUUGGUUGGUACAACAACAGCUGCAGACGCAGAGGAUGGAUGUCAUGGACGUGAUUGUCAAGAUUGCGGUGGUGACUGUCGAUGGAUGAAUUGCAAUAUUUCGGCCAUUCCCUCCUGCUUCAACAGUACUGCUCAAAACCAGUCGGAGUGCGUAAUUGAAACCUGCUCAGUGAGUUCUACGGUUCCAACUCUGCAUUCUGACCAAACUAGCAUCCCAUCCAGCUUGGUCCCCCCUCAUUCCUCAUUUAACCCCUCCCCUACAGGCAACCCAACUAAAAGCAGCACUCCUGGGCCUGAGCCCACCACCACAGGUAAUUCUAGCACUACAACCCCAGCAAACGUCACCACCACCAACAGCAGUGUCCCAGUCCCCGUCACAACGUCUUCAAGCGUUACCGCCCCCGUCACAGCAUUACCGGUGGGGCCCUCUCCUGCACCUCAUAAGAAUUCAACAUUCGACGCAGCGAGCUUCAUCGGUGGCAUUGUGCUUGUCCUGGGCCUUCAGGCCGUGGUCUUCUUCCUCUACAAGUUCUGCAAGUCUAAGGACCGCAACUACCACACCCUUUAAAGAGCCCACCCCCACCCAACCCCAACCACAGUACCUCCCCUCUCUCAAACAGUGUUUCCAUUCAGUGUUCCUCCCACAGUUUUCCCUCCCUGUGCCACUGACCUGUGGUUUAGGCCCACCGCUACACGUGCCGUUAGCGGUACCCACUCAAUCGAGCCACGUACUUCACUGUAUGUGCUCUACACAUCUCUCCCAGUCGGGGGCCGUUGAAGGGAACUCCAGGGCUGCAACUUCUUAGGCAUCAGCACACAGGUUUAUAUCACGAUUUAUCCCUCCAACCCCGUUCCCUGUUUCUAUCCCCCUGGUUCCCCAUUGAACGGUUGAAUCACCCUGGCCUGCCUUUAAAGACGCCAGGCAGGUAUGUGAAGAGGCUUAUGUGUUCUUUGGGCUUCUAGUAGCGGCACCAUGGCUUUGGAGUGCUAGCUUGUUGUGUCCUUGCACCUUGGUAACACUGUUUGAUUGAGGUCCCCCUCUAUUUUUCAUGAUUUUGAAUUUGAUGACUGGGUGAUGCAGCAUAGCUUUUUUUUGUCAGGCUGGGUGAAAUCUGGUUAGGUGUUUUCACAACCUUUGUUAGGUGUUGGCACCUUUUCAAGUGUUGUGUUCAUUUAAUGGCAGAGGAACCUGUUCAAGUAAAAAACUAAAGAGCAAUCCUCCAUCCUCUAAACUCAAUUUCGAAGCUUCCUCUGUCUUAGGCGGAGGGUGAGUUAGGCUCUCUUGGUGUUAAGGUUAGGUGUCACGCAUGCCCCCCUCCAGCCUACUGGCUUGGCAUAACCUUUGACCGGUCCCACAUAACACACACUCCCAAGAGAGCAGCUCAAUGCAAUAAUCCCAAAAUGAACCUGUUGAUUUUUACAAACCCCAUCUUAACCCACUCAAACCGAAACGGAUCACAGCGAAGAGUCAGACCUGUAGACUUUUGACCCCAUCUUCCCUUAAGAGGAAGGAUGCAAAAGUCAGCCAAGUCUUUAGGACAUGGCUGAAGGGCUCUACAGAUAAGAUUGUAGUAAUAUAUAUGGACAUGAUAGAUAAAUCUGAAGUUUAAAUAAAUGUUUAAAGUAGAGAUCAGAGAUGGAUGAAGGAGAAGCUGAUUCUUGAUGCUGACAGCGAUAGCAGCGAAGUGCCUUUAACGUUAGAUGUUUGUGACUUAAAGUUAAGGUGUUGAUGGAGAGGAUUAGGAUGACACUCCUCUCUCUCCUGGCUGAGGCCUGAUUGUUGCCGUCAUCCUGAAGUAAACAGACCUGAACGGUAUCGCUGUGCUGAUAUUGAUCAUUAACGGAGAAAACAAAGCAGGGUUGGUAUCCAUCCUAUUUUUAUUAAGCCAAUUCUCAUUUCCACAUCGUUCCCUUUUAUUUUCAAUGGGGAUCAUCUUUAUUUCAGUAGACUAUGUAAGUGACUGAAUUGAAAUGGGAUUGAGCCCGACUCUGAAGAGAACCCCUUAUUAUCCCAGCUGGACUGAAUAGCCUUUUAUUAUUGCAGAGUAGAUUAUUACAGUCAUGGAAUUUGAUGUAUAAAGACAUUUAAGUCAGGUAACAGACCAGAACUAUUAGGUAAGCAUUGUUUGUAAUGGCAUUGGUUGAAAAGGGUCACCCUAUGCAGACGGAAUAUGGGGAAAUUACAAUGUUAUUUUGACCUUAGCUGUUUGUAAAUUCAUGUUUUCUGGAGUCUUGCAUAUGUUGGAGUCAGUUUUGAAAUUAUCAAAGGAAUAACCAACAAGGUCCCCUAAAUUAAAAGUGACUUUUAAUGUUGAGAUGUCAUCUUUUCAUUUAAAGAGUUUUCUCCUAUUGAGCGGCAACUUCAGCAUGCUCAACAUUUUUAUUUUUGAAGUGUAGUGCCAAGGAGAGGAGUUUUGCUGCUGCUUAAUGCUAACAUUGUGUUGCCCCUCCCCCUAUACAUAAAGCUUUCAUGUAAUUCAGUUCACCUUCAAGGUUUAACUUUCAGUCAAGUAAAGGCAAGAUGAAGGAUCAUUUUACAGCUUUUUCCAAUCAUUUUUGGCUUCCAGUGGUUUGUCAGUGACAAGACGUCUUUAUUUUUGUCCUUUUUGUUGUUGUUACUUUUGUUUUUUGGAAGGGGAAUUGUAAUGUUAAAUUAUGCUAAUGGAGCUUCAGACUCUUAAAAGAAUAAGAACCACUUGAUUUAUUUGUCAAACUGUAUGCUAGAGGAGAGUGCGCCUAAACAAUGUGCAUUAUGCCAAGUUCUUCGUUCUUGGCAUGGAAAAUGGAGCAUUGCACUGACAAAGCUUUGUUCAGUACUUUUUGCCUUAUCGUUUUCGUCUUGCUGCCAAAAAUUAAUGACUGCUUGUGAGAGAACUCUUAGCUCAAUAUUUUCGUAAUGAUGAAAAAUGUCCAUGUUUCGUGAGAACAGGUAAUUUGAGUAUUUUUUUUAUUCAGUGUAUGUCCUUGAUCAACGUAAGCAUGCCUCUUAAGGUGUAUUAGCAAUCAGCCAAUGGCAUGAGGUCAUGUCACGAAGACCCUGCACGCCAAAAGCGAUGGCAAUUCAGAAGUACAAAUCUAGUUUUGCACUGGCAGCAUGUACAGCUUCACAGUAUGCUGAGCAUUGUCCACCUUUUUCGCUCGCACAAUGUAACUCAGUGGCCAAAUGAUGGGUGGAGAGUGCAACUGAUCAACAUUUUAUUGCGGUCUGAUGAACACCUCGUCUCCAGAACACAAACCUCAGUAACGGUUAAACAUUACAUUUCGAAAGUGUUUAAUAUUCUACGUGUCAAGUCUUGAAAUCAGAUAACUAAAUGCAUAUGUCAUGGGGAAGCUCAAGACAAACGUGUUGCCUUAUGGGACUCCACUACAUGGAAUCAUUGGGCACUCCGUGGAAGUGACUACAUUUUUACUUGCUCAGCUUUACAACACUUGUACAAAUGGCAGAUGUGAGCCUGCAAAUGGAAGGCCGUGGGCAGGGUCUAUGUUGAAUAUUGUUUGUGAAGUCAUGGAAUCUGCUGUACGUAGUGGUGAGAUAGGGCUGUCAAUAGAUGUAAACCAAAAGUAUUUGGCUAAAACAGAGUUGUCAGGUUUUCAUCAGAUAGCAAGGAUUUGUGAAUCAUUCCUGCAUAAUGAGUGUUAAUAGUCCAUUAUUUCUCAUUGGGCGACGGUCUUAAGGACUCAGUGUGUGUUUAAACUGAUUUAAAACUCCUGCAUACCACUAGAACCCAUCUUGCAGUAAAAGUAUUUUCCUUUAUUGGUCACAAGACAUCGCCAGAGCCCAUAGCAACUGAUAGACUAAUAUUUUGGUUGUCUCUUGGUCGCUCUCUGCAAGUCUUUAAGAAAAGUGCCUUACUCAGUUGAACAUAAGAUUUUAAUUAUUUUUUCUUAAAACUUGACAUACCUAGUAGAUAGCGAAAUGGACUGCACACUUUCAGAACCCCUGUAAAGAUUCUAUCAAAGAUGCAUUAAUGGGAGCCGCUUUUAAAUGAUGUUGUAGUUGUUUUCUGAGUCACAAUGUUCUCGGAGCCUAAACCAGACACUGGAUCAGCUGUCUAGAGCCACAAUCAUAUAUGGUUAUAGUCAAAUUCUCCUCAAUAUUGUCACCAAGCCUUCUGUGACUUAGCUGCAUUCUAACCUAGAAUGCAAUUUACAUUCGUGCCCAUAGAAUGUAGCAGUCUCUGAAACAACAGUGUCCAUUAGAAUUGUACAUCUAAAUCCAGUUUGCCAAUCUUCACAUGCCGAUCGGCUCUAGGAGCAAGCCAUCAUUUUUAGUAUAAAUCUCUGAAGCAGAUCUUUCAGAGUUUGACUUUUUUCUUUUUCUUUAUGUUGCUUUCUAACCAUCUCUGUGUGUCGUCUAUAUCGUAGUCUGUUUGAACAAUUGGUCACAGGUCUUAUGGAAUGAUUCCUCAGCUUUGCUCUCACCUUGUACAUAACACACACACACGUCAAUGUGUUGACAUAACACUUGCGGUUUGCAUUUAGCCAGGAUGCCUGUUAUAAUAAUGUUUUAUGCUUGUUUUGUGUCCUUGCCUGAAAUCUUGUUUUGCCUUAUGUUUUCUUAGAUAGUUUUUGCCAAUAGAUUGAAGUUGUUAAAAUCAAUAAAGUUUGAAUAUUGUUAAA